GUGACAUUCAAAUAAAUCCGCAGACCAGGUCCAUAGUCAAACCAAACCGCUUGGCAAUAAGUCACGUUUGGCAGCAAUCCACUGUGUGUGUGUAUAUAUACAUGUCAUCAAUCAUAACUAUAGCGAUAGCUAGUACUUUAAUUUUUACCUACUUUUGAAUUUUUUGUGGUUAAUCGGUGAUGGAAGAUGAGGGUGGUAGUUUGUUGAUGUUUCCAAUGGAGAAGAGUGCGUUGGAGUGUUUGGGUAAAGGUUUUGAUCUAACUAGUGAUUUUCGAAUGAAAUUUUCUAAAGGAAUAACUAAUGGUGGGAGAUUAGUGGUCGUUGAUGAAGUUAACAAAAGGGAUAUUAUGAUUCCAGGUGGAGCUACAAUUCCUGAUAUUUCUGAAGAUAUUCGAUGUGACAAAGGUGAUCGUGUUCGCUUCAAGUCUGAUGUUCUUCAAUUCAACCAGAUGUCUGAGUUGCUUAAUCAGAAAUCAGGCAUACAAGGAAAAAUUCCAUCAGGCUAUUUUAAUGCUAUGUUUGAUUUAAGUGGUGAUUGGUUUCGUGAUGCUCAAGACAUCAAAUCUCUUGCUUUUGAUGGUUACUUCAUUUCCCUUUACUAUUUGCACUUAACUGCUUCACACCUUGUACUGCAAGACGAAGUUAAAAAGUCUGUUCCACCAAACUGGGAUCCAGCUUCGUUAGCAAGGUUUAUUGUGGCAUAUGGUACACACAUAAUAGUAGGUAUGGCUGUUGGAGGUCAAGAUGUUAUUUGUGUCAAACAAAAACAUACUUCAAAGGUUCCUCCUGGUGAUCUCAGAAGACAUUUAGAGGAUUUAGGAGAUUUUUUAUUUUCAGAUUUAAGAAGCCCUUCACUACUACAGAGAAAGACAACAAUAGAAACCAAACAAAAAGUUCCUGAAGUUUUUAAUCGUGUAAUGCAAUCAACCACAAUGCAGUUCACAAGUAUUUCAGAAUCUUCAACCAAAGAUGGUCUCACCAUUAUUUCUUCAAAAAGAGGAGGAGAUGUGUUUAAGCACAGUCACUCAAGUUGGCUCCAAACAAUGGCUUCUAAUCCUGAAGCAAUCCACUUCAAGUUUGUUCCUAUUUCAUCACUUCUCACAGGAAUUCCAGGAAGUGGCUAUCUUAGUCAUGCAAUCAAUUUGUAUUUACGAUAUAAGCCCUCUCCAGAAGACUUGCAAUACUUCUUGGAGUUCCAAAUUCCCAGGGAAUGGGCACCCAUGUUUUCUGAGCUGCCUCUGAGGCAUCAACGGAAAAAGACUUAUUCUCCUCCCCUGCAAUUUAGUUUUAUGUCUCCAAAGCUUCAUGUCAACUCUAAAAAGGUAGUAAGUGAACAAAAACCUGUGGUUGGCCUCAGGUUAUACUUGGAGGGAAGGAAAUGUGAUAAACUUGCAGUACACAUACAUCAUCUUUCAAGCCUCCCAAAUACAAUGACCCUCUCUUCAGAUACCACAACCUCAGCUAUGUGGCGAGGAUCUGACGAUGAUGAAUCCAGUGACAACUUUGCAGAACCAAUAAGAUGGAAGCGAUUCGCACACGUGUGCACCUCAGUGGUUAAGUAUAACCCUAACUGGUUGCAAGAAUCAAAUUCAAGUGGUGUUUAUAUUGUAACCGGUGCACAACUCAUUAGCAAAGGGAAUUGGCCGAGGAAUGUGCUUCAUUUGUGCCUUCUCUUCACUCACAUACCCAAUUGCAGCAUCAGGAGAACAGAAUGGGCUGCUGCACCAGAGGCUUCAAGAAAAUCAACUUUCUUCACGAAUCUAAGCACAACAUUUUCAUUCACACAACAAAGUGUUACUGCUACACAGAAGCAGGCUCAGCAGCAGGCUCCAACAGCACUUAACUCUGGUGUUUAUCCAAAUGGGCCACCAGUGCCUGUUCGUUCAGCUAAAAUGCUUAAAUAUGUGGAGACAAACGAGGUUGUGAGGGGACCACAUGAUGCUCCUGGGCAUUGGUUGGUUAUUGCUGCUAAGCUUGUCACAGAAGGUGGUAAAAUUGGAUUACAGGUAAAGUUUGCAUUGUUAGAUUACUAGUGAUUCAAUGAUAGAUAGACUAUAUGCAGAGAAAUAUUGUAAAAAAAGGGAAAUUUAAUUUGUUAUUUUGCUUAAUUUUUUGUGUGAAAGUACAUACAGAUCAUGUGUACAUAUAUAGGACUCCUUUGUAUAGUAUAUAAUAUAGUACACAAAAUGAGUGGUGGAAGUUGACUUUUGCCAAUAGAAAAUUCAAUUUAUUUUACUUUGCAAACAGCAAUUAUCAACCAUCUAGUGAAAAAGUUGAGAAGAAUAAAGUAAUUGAUUUUGAAUCCCCAAGUAAUCCAAUUCAUCAUAAUUCAAUCUGGA